AUGUCUCUGUCGGCGCAGUUUGGCACUCUGAGGACCAGAGAGCUGCGAGAGAUGCUGGAAGAUGAAGAGAAAAUAAAUCACGCCAUCCGGUGCAGUGAGAAAUUUCAGGGGCUGCAAAGGGCUGCAGAGGUGAUGCACGUUUCUAAUAAAGAACUUGCCAAAAUCGGUCUAUCUCAAAAACCUAAAUUUAGAGACGCUAAAUUAUUACUUGCAAUGAAGUUCAAGCAGCUGGAAAACCUCAGAAGCAUCAUCCAGGCCAAACAAGAACAACUUGCAGAAGGAUACAGUGUUCACGAUGCUCGGUGGAGUCUCCUGCAGAAGAUAAAUCAUGCAGAGCAGGAGUGUGAGAUGCUGUUUCAGAGGUUUGCAGAGGGGAAGACGCCGCUGGCAGAGUUCCUGGAUUCUUUUCUCAGCUCGCUGAAACUCCAACACAUCAGGAUGGCCCUGGUGAAGAAACUCCACAAAGUUGUUGAACUUAGAGCAACACAAAUGCUUGAGCCUCAGCCUUUCUCUGCAGAGAUACGCACCGCCUGCCUCCCGCUCUGCGGCCUGACCACAGCUGUGGUCGUACCCGCCUGCUGCCACCCUCCAUUCCUGCUGCCCUGUGGCGCCCACGCAAACACUCUUCACCGUCUGCAGCAUUUACCAUUUUGUCUUGAGUCCCUACGUCCAGGAGCCGGGUGGGGCCCCAAAUGGCCGGCGAAACCUGUCCAUCUUCAGCCUCUGGAGGUGCAGCAGAGGAGACAAGCUAAUCCAGUCUCAAAAUCCAGUUUUGCAUUUCAUUAA